AGCCGUCUCAGCACACAUGGACCCAUGUAGAACGAAGCAUCGCCCGCCGCAGCCUGCACGGCGGAGGGCUGCCGGCGGGGAGACCUGCCGGGUUCAUGCGGUGGGAGGAUGAUCCAGGCGGGGCCCUGCUGCAGGACCUUCGCCAGAGAAGCGCGGAGGAGACGGGGCGCUACGCGCUGCUCCAGGCGAGAUUCCUCAAGCAGCCUGGCCUCGACGUGGCGCAGACCGACCUGUACAAGAUCGCCACGUUCUUUAGGACGUUGCCUUCCGAGGAGCAGAAGCGGCUGAUUUGCAAUGCGGUCGCAGGUUUCGUGACGAUGCCAGAUGGCGUGAGGAAGGAGAUGGCGGCGGUCGCUUGCGAGUUGGUCCGCGACUGCCUCUCGGUAGUCCGCGAUGGGAGCGCCGACGAGCCGACAGAUAGCCCGAGGGACAACCUGAGCAUGCCGCCGAUGCUCGCCAACGUUCUCAAGGUCAUGGCUGGGGGCGGCUUUUACGACCUGGAAUUGCACGAUCAGCAGUCGUUGAUACAGGAGGCCACCCAGGCAGCUGUGUCCGCAGGGCCCUCGAACGGUCCGCCCAUGCGCGAGCUGGUGGAGUUCGCCUGCGAGGUCCACGCGGGCCUGAGCAGCAGGGAGAGGAAGCAGCUGUCCAAGACGGUCGCCGCGCCCCGACUGCUCGGCGAAGGCCAGAUGUGGAUCGCCGAGCGGGUGCUCCAGACAAACGGUUUUCCUCCUGGCGCAGCUGGUGCAGGUUGGCCUCUGCUUUCAGCUUGAGCCGUGUCCUAAGGCCCCGAUUCUGCACUGGCUCGGCGCCGACGCCGGGCUCUGGCUGGCGGCGUCCGCGUCCAGCUGGCUCGCCUACAGGUGGGGCUGCCCCAGCGUCCGGGACGCCCUGAAGAUCCUCGCCGGCGCCCCGGGCGCCGCGAAGGCCGGCGGCGACGUCGUGGGGCCGUUGUGGCCUGCGA